ACUUUGGCCGGUGCCUCGGUGGUUGGUGGAGGGGGAAAUAGUUGGCUGUUUCCAUGGAAAAUCAAAUCCAAAAGAAACCCAGAAUUCUUUGUCUCCAUGGAUUCAGGACUAGUGCUGCAAUCCUCCAGAAAUUAGUCCUAAGAUGGCCUGAAAAUGUACUAGAAAAAUUGGACCUUGUCUUCCUUGACGCUCCAUUUCCUGCUCGAGGAAAAUCUGAUGUUGAAGGCAUCUUCGAUCCUCCCUACUACGAAUGGUUCCAAGCCAACAAGGAUUUUACUGAAUAUUCGAAUUUUGGAGAAUGCCUUGCUUAUAUAGAAAAUUACAUGAUAGAGCAUGGACCCUUUGAUGGUCUUCUUGGUUUCUCCCAGGGUGCAAUUUUAGCAGCUGCUUUGCCAGGAAUGCAGAAAGAUGGUGUGUGUCUUACCAAGGUUCCAAAUAUCAAAUUUCUGAUAAUAAUAUCAGGGGCCAAGCUUGGUGGAUCCAAGUUUGGCCUGCCUAAACUGGCUGCAAAUGCAUUUUCAUCUCCCGUUCAGUGCCCCUCUCUCCACUUCAUAGGGGAAACAGAUUUUUUGAAGGAAGAAGGAAUUGGUUUAUUGGAAUCAUUUGUGAACCCUGUGGUCAUUCAUCACAUCAAGGGACACACUGUACCAAGAAUUGAUGAAAAAGGCCUGGAAAAAAUGCUUGGCUUCAUUCAGAUGGUUCCAUCACAGUAAGAUUGGGUAUGGGCUGUGGAGGCUGCUGCUUUUCUUGCCUGUCUAAUAACAUAGUUUUAGGAUACCAUCAGUUCAAGAAAAUAAAAUGAUGUUAUAUUCCAA